CCAGCCGGAGAACUCGGAGGCGCCCAGCUCAUCGCCGUCGCCUAGGGUCGCGAAGCCGAACGGCAACGCCACUACUGAGAUCUCCUCCGUCCACGACGGUGAGCCCUCCGACCGCAAGGAGGUUGAUGCUCUGGUAAAUUGCAUUGUUCCGAUGUUUCUUGGUUCGGAUGUAAAUGGGUUUAGGGAUGCCGGUUCUUUAUCUCGAUUGUGUUGGUAGACACAGGCCCUCUCGACGAGGAGCGAAGAGUACCGCUUGCUGUUCCGUCUUCCUCCUGAUGAGGUGGGCGGGUUUCGAGUACUUAUCCUGACGGAACAUCGUAAUCCUUGUGCUAGUUUGAAUAAUGGACUGUUGUCUGAGGCAGUCUGUUGUCUUCUUGCCCUUUGAAGAGGCUGAUUUAUGCCCUUUCUCGUGGAGGAGGUGCUGUCUUUUCCCUGUGAAGACAUCUUCAGUCUCUUAUCUCUCGAAGUCUAAUCCUUUUAUUCUGUAAUAAAGCUUAAUGUCUAAAAUACGUGCACAUACUACAGUUUUUUUUUUAAAUUUCUGAUGUAGUGCUUAUGGGAUUGUUUAUUAUGUAACUUCCCUUGCAACCAUCCUUUAUUAUUGUAUAUUUGUAAUGGAUGGUAGGUGCUUUUAUGUUUUCUUUUCCCUUUGGAAGUCUAGCAAGAUAUUCUGAUAUGUUAUUAUUUGGGACAAAGUUUAAAUGGUUUAAAUAAGAUGUCAUGGCAUUCCAGAUCUUGUAUGUGCUUCUAAUCACUUUUCUUAGUCCAUGAAACAAACUUUAUCACCCCACUUCUGUUUUUCAGGUUUAUGCUAUUUCUGAAUAUUGCAUUCUUAAUUUUUUACAUUAUAUACGUAGGUUCUUCUUCAAGAUUUUAACUGUGCCCUCCAAGAAAAUAUUUUUCUUCAGGGUCAUAUGUAUUUGUUUACCCACCACAUCUGCUUUUAUUCCAACAUUUUUGGAUUUGAGACAAAGAAAAUAAUUCUUUUUCAUGAGAUAACUUGUGUUCGUAAAGCAAAGACAGUUGCAAUCUUUCCUAAUGCUAUCGAAAUCAUUGCAGGAGGGAAAAAGUACUUCUUUGGAUCUUUCUUGUCCCGGGAUGAUGCAUAUCGGCUAAUUAUUGAUGGCUGGGUGCAAUAUGGUGGAGGCACAAAAGCUUUCCAGGAUUCUCAGGAUUCAAGAUUGGAGGCCAGCAGUCAAAACUAUUCCUUUAUCUUUGAGAAAUUGAAUGGAUGUAAAGCAUCGGCAGAUGACUCAUCAUUCUUAAACAGAACUAAGGAUACCAUUGUUCUUCAAGAAUCUAAAUCUUUGCCUAAUGGUAAAGUUGACAGCGAUAUCUCCAUAAAGCUUUUAGAAGUCCAGGAGAAUAAGGAUGAAGGAAAUGCUAACCAGCCAUCAUCUCAAAAUCCUUUUACAUGGACCAUCGAGGACAUUGAUGCUCCUAAAGUGCCUGAACAUUUUGUAAUGCUUGCUGAGUCCAAUUUUCCGCUCCUUGUGGAGGAUUUCUUUGGUCUAUUUGUUUGUGAUCGUGCUGCUGACUUUUUGAAAGAUUUUCACACAAGAUGUGGUGACAAGGAUUUCCAUUGCACUUCCUGGCAUAGGCAUGAACAGUUUGGACACACCCGUAACGUUUCAUUUCUACAUCCCAUCAAAGUAUAUCUUGGUGCUAAAUUUGGACAUUGUCAGGAGGUCCAGAAAUUUCGUGUGUACAGAAACAGCCAUUUGGUGAUCCAAACAUCACAGAAUAUUCAAGAUGUGCCGUAUGGUGAUUACUUUGAGGUUGAGGGAUUCUGGGAUGUGGUCCAAGAUAAUAAUGAAGAAAAUAGCUGCACCGUGAAAGUAUAUUCUAAUGUUGCAUUUUUAAAAAAGACAAUUUUCAAGGGGAAAAUAGAACAAUCAACUAUGGAGGAGUGUCGAGAAGUUUAUGCUACUUGGAUGAACAUUGCUCGUGAAAUAUUGAAGGAAAAGAACAUGGAACGAUUGAAAGGAAUUUCUGAGCCGAACACAUGCAUUGUUCAAGAUAAUGACAUCAAAUUUGAGAAUCCAUCAAAGCUUGAAGGGUCAAUAGCAAAUUCAACAUUAAAGUCUACAGAUAUUAUAAGGAACAUCCAUGAGACUAUAAACUGUAACUCAGGGAUUGACGAUCAUAUGAAAGACAAGUCUGAAAGAUUUCCUCUGCUGACAUCUAUAUUUAAAGAAUCGUGGGCAACCUUCAUUUCAUGUAUCAAGAUGCAAAAUCAGUUGGCUUUGGUUUUAGCCGUGGCAUUUAUUGUUUUUAUCUUGAUGCAGUUAAGCAUCAUUCUUCUUCUAACUAGAGUUCCUGAAGUCAAUCUGGUUACCCAUGGAAACUAUGUAAGAGAUGUUGGUAUCGAUCAUGUGGAGAACAUAGAGUGGUUGGAGAAGCGCUUCAUCUACCUAAAGGAAGAAAUGAUUACGGUAGAAUCUCGAUUGGAGAGGAUGCGUCAAGAAUACACACUAUUGAAGUCUCAUCUUCAAAGUCUUGAGCAAUUAAAGGCAAAGUCAUGACUACAAAAUAGAUAUCAUGGAGCCACAUAUGAACAGAACCUCUGACUAGUAAGUUUGUCAUUCUAGGUGAUGUGCCCAGGCUCUGCCCAAACUUGAGCUUUUUCAUAAUCUAGAUGCUCUUCUUCAAGGUUGUUUUAUAUAAUUCAGUUCUGUACAUGAACUAUGUAAAGCAAAUUUAGCGUUAACUAAUUCAGUUUUGAAACUGUAUCUUCUUUUAUGUAUUUCAUGGUUUCGAUCAUUUUUGUUC